AUGCUACUUCAAAUACUUUUUGCUAUUAUAUCGUUAACAGCAGAAAUAAGCGCUUCUGCGCAAACAGGUCGAUGUCCUCAUCCACAAUACGUAUCCAGUGGUUUAUCAUGUUCAACUGAAGGCGAUGAUAGUGUUUGUCCAUGGAAUUAUACAUGUUGUCCAUUGACAGAUGGUAUGAAAUGUUUUAGUCCAUGCCCUGAAUUUUCGGCACCAUGUACACUUGAUUGUCCAUUCGGUUUAAAAGUGGAUCAAUCACCAUGUACCGUCUGCAAAUGUGCAGCUCAUCCAUGUCUUACAACUACAUGUCCUCUGGGAACGAAAUGUACUUUACAAGAAUAUCAACCGUGCGCUAUUAAAGGAAGAUGUGGCGUAACAACAAAAUGUAUUAUUGAUCCAUCUAUUCCUAUUGAUCCCAAUUCAAAACCAAAAAAAUGUCCAGAUUAUUGGCCCGUGAUGGGUAAUGGUUUACAGGCAUGUGUUGGUGCAGAUUCAUUGUGUCCUGGAGAACAAAAAUGCUGCAAAGCUCCUCAAAUGAAUCAUUUCAAUUUGCAAGAUUCACCUGUUAGCUACUGUGUUCAACCAUGUGAAGAUCUAUCAAAUUGUACUCUUCAAUGUUCACACGGUUUCACUAUUGAUGGUGGUUGUCGUAUCUGUCAGUGUGCUCCAAAUCCUUGUGAUACAAUCUCGUGUCCUCCAGGUCAAAUGUGCCAAUUACUUCCAGCACCAUGUGCCUUUUAUCCCGGGCGUCCGCCAUGUCCAAUGUUUCCGACAUGCAUGAAAAGAUUUUGA